AUGGAGUCAGAGGUUCCUCGCAAGAGUGAGAGUGAAGAAGAGUCAUCCACUCUAACUCUGGAUUGGAGAGGCAGACCCUCCAACCCUUCAAAGCAUGGUGGAAUGAUUCCUGCUGCUUUUGUUCUUGGAUUGCAAGCAUUUGAGAUAAUGGCAAUAGCCGCAGUAGGCAACAAUCUCAUAACUUAUGUCACCAAUGAGAUGCACUUCUCUUUGUCCAAGUCUGCCAACGUUGUCACCAACUUUGUUGGGACUAUCUUUAUCUUGGCCCUCCUUGGUGGCUAUCUUUCAGACUCUUACCUUGGCAGCUUCUGGACUUUGCUCAUCUUUGGCUUUGUCGAACUUUCUGGUUUCAUAUUGCUGUCUGUCCAAGCUCAUGUUCCUCAGUUGAAGCCACCGCCAUGCAAUGUGGUAACCGAUGGAGAACACUGCAUAGAAGCAAAGGGCUUCAAGGCCAUGAUAUUCUUUGUGGCACUAUACUUGGUGGCAUUAGGGAGUGGCUGUGUCAAGCCUAACAUGGUUGCUUAUGGAGGAGACCAAUUCAAUCAAGACAACCCCAAGCAGUUAAAGAAGCUCUCCACUUACUUCAACGCAGCAUAUUUUGCAUUCUCUUUCGGAGAACUUGUUGGCCUAACGAUUCUUGUUUGGGUUCAAACUCAUUCUGGAAUGGACGUGGGCUUCGGGGUAUCCGCGGCUGCAAUGGCAAUGGGAUUGAUAAGCUUGAUAUGUGGCACUCUAUAUUACAGGAACAAGCCCCCACAAGGCAGUAUUUUAAUCCCUAUUGCUCAGGUUAUUGUGGCUGCAAUAUUGAAAAGAAAGCAGGUUUCUCCAUCUGACCCACAAAUUCUUUAUGGAAGCCAAAACAAUGAUGGUCUUCUUCAUACUGAUAAGUUCAGGUUCUUGGACAAGGCUUGUAUAAGAGUCCAGGAGGGUGCUGACGCAAAGGAAAGCCCAUGGAGAUUAUGCAGUGUUGGGCAAGUUGAGCAAGUGAAGAUAUUGCUAUCGGUGAUUCCCAUAUUUUCUUGCACCAUCGUAUUCAACACAAUCUUAGCACAGCUGCAGACAUUCUCAGUCCAACAAGGGAUGGUCAUGGACACCCAUCUCACUAAAUCCUUUAAUAUCCCUCCUGCGUCACUUCAGUCUAUUCCUUACAUUUUGCUCAUUGUUCUAGUCCCUCUAUAUGACACCUUCUUUGUCCCAUUUGCCAGAAAAUUCACUGGCCAUGAGUCUGGAAUCUCGCCUUUGAGGCGAAUAGGUUUUGGGCUCUUCCUAGCUACCUUUUCUAUGGUUUCAGCUGCUCUGUUAGAGAAAAAGAGAAGGGAUGCAGCUGUGAACCAUAACAAAACUAUGUCAAUUUUUUGGAUUACCCCACAAUAUUUGAUCUUUGGGUUGUCAGAGAUGUUUACAGCUGUUGGGCUCCUUGAGUUCUUUUACAAACAGUCCUUGAAAGGGAUGCAAGCAUUCUUGACAGCCAUCACAUAUUGCUCCUACUCAUUUGGCUUUUAUUUGAGCACAGUUUUGGUUUCCUUGGUGAAUAAAAUCACUUCAACUUCUUCUACUGGUGGUUGGCUUCACUACAACAACCUCAACCAAGACAGGCUUGAUCUUUUCUAUUGGUUAUUGGCUGCCUUAAGCUUCCUCAACUUCUUCAACUAUCUCUUUUGGUCCAAACGCUAUUCUCAACCUCCUAAUUCCCUAUCCCUCGUCAAUGCCAAGGAAAACAGUCCAUACUCAGCAGAAGACAAUAUUCCAUAG